CACGUUACAGCAGGAAAGGAGAGGAAAGAACCGGUGAAAUAUUACUGAUAUCGGGGGAAAAAACGUAGCUGAGCUAAUUGCGUGCAAACUAAUCCUUUGAAAGGAAAAUAGUACCCCCCCCCAAUUUAAGGUAAAGAAUUGUACAAAUUAUAGCGUAUGAUGGCGGCUGUUGACAGUUUCCAGCUUUUGUACAGAGAAAUUGCCAGAUCGUGCAGUUGUUAUGUAGAAACAUUGGCACUGGUGGGUGCAUGUUACACAGUCAGCAAGGCUGUAGUAUUUAUGAGGGACUGUUAUAGCCUGAUAAGGCUUCACUUUAUUCCACGUCUUGUCUGCCAUAGGGAUCUGAGUCAGCAAUAUGGACAUUGGGCUGUCAUUUGUGGUGCUUCAGAGGCAAUAUCUAAAGCAUAUGCAGAAGAACUGGCCAGAAAUGGCAUCUGUGUGAUUCUGAUCAGCAGUGACAUCAGAAAUGUGGCUGACACUGCCAAGGCUAUCACAGAAACCUACGGAGUAGAGGCCAUUCUGAUUGAGGCUGAUUUCAGUCAGGGGCCCUCUGCCUGCAAACCCAUCAAAGACGCCAUCUGCGGUAAAGAUGUUGGAUUCAUCAUUAACAGUCUGGAUGGGUCUCUAGACCUCUCUCAAGACUUUAUAGACCUGUCUGAAGCUGGAGUUUGGGACAUUAUGAAUAGAAAUAUAGUAGCAGCUACUCUUGUGUCCCACAUGGCACUACCCACUAUGGUAGAGAGGGGCAAAGGAGCAGUGGUCAACAUUUCCAUGGGGGGCUGUUCACGUCCGACUGCUAGAAAGGCUGCCCUCUCUGCAUCUACGGCCUUUCUUGAUAACUUCAGUCGUGCUCUGCAUUAUGAAUAUGGCCAUCGAGGAAUCUUUGUGCAGUGUUUGCUGCCUUUUAGAGUUGCACCUCAAAGACCUGAGGGCUCCAUUGCAGCUGGCUGGCUGGUGCCUAGUCCUCAAGUGUACGCAAGCCAUGCUCUUUCAACCCUGGGUGUCUCUCACAGAACCACAGGAUACUGGCCUCACACCAUACAGUUUCGACUGGUACAGUGCAUGCCAGAGUGGGUAUGGAUGCUGGGAUCUCGUUUGUUCACACAAGCCAUCUGAGAGGAUCGCUUGCUCUCGAUGUGAAAGACUUGCUGGUUCUAGAAAUUGGUGUGCAAAGUUCAGCUUCAGUUUGACCAAACUUCAUCAUUUGACCAUCAAAGUACAUGAGUGAUGAAAGUGUGUUGAAACUUAAAGAUGAAAAUAAACCACUCACCCUGUCUCUUUACCCCAAUCAUACUGAGUUCUUUGUUUAAGACCUCUGAAUUUCAAUAUAUCUGUUUGCACAAUCAAUUUGUUAGUUUUCUAAGUGGCUUGAAUGAUAAUGGUUGGAUCAUGAUUUUCAAGCUAUAUUAGACUUUGACAAUUUUGUAAUGUUUAUGCUCUUGUUUUUUAAAUCCACUCCUUAUAUAUUUGCAAAGAUCAUACAUUUGAAAAAAAAAAUAAAAAAUAAAAUAAAGGUUAACAUUUGGCAUUAAGGUUGU